CAUGCACUACAACUUACAAGGUAUGGCCCAUACCCAUAAACGAUACCUUCAUAGACAAAUAGGCAAUCUUAGUUUAUAGAAUCAUAAUAACAAAGAAAGGAUUUGAUACCUUUUGUGUCGGGUAGUAAUCAUCCAUCUUAACAAAAAGAAACCCUCAAGAAACCUCCUCAUAUAUUCAUAAUCACCUCUCUUCCUCUCCAUUCAAAUCCUUAUAAGUUAUAAUUAACCCUUCACCACCAUCUCAAAUUAAACCUAUAGCUAGCACAAUAUAUAUUACAUUUAUAUAGUUCCAUCAUAAUAUAAUUGAUUCAACAAAAUGGGUAAUUGUGUAUUCAAAGGCUUUCAUCAUGGAGAUUUUGAAGACACAAUGGUAAGAAUUUUAACAUCAAAUGGAGGCAUUAUGGAAUUUUACUCUUCCAUAACGGUGGAAUGCAUAACAAACGAGUUCCCUCACCAUGGGAUUUUCAAAAACAACUGCAACACACUCUCUAAACCACUCUCGAAAAACGAGGAACUUCAAGGUGGGGAAGUUUACUAUCUUCUCCCUCUCAAAAACAUGACCAACAAACAAUUUAGUGAAACAUUCGAAACGUUAACUCCGUAUCGAAUGUCCACGUGUGAGAAGAAUAGCAGCAGGAGCAACAACAACAAUAAUAUGUGGUCGGAACAUGAAGUGUUUUCGAGAUACAAUAGUAUUGGAGUAUGGAAGGUGAAAUUAGUGAUUAGUCCGGAGAAAUUGUCGGAAAUUUUGUCGCAAGAAUCGAGGACAGAGGCAUUGAUUGAGAGCGUAAGGACGGUGGCUAAGUGCGGUAAUGGGGUGCCAUCUUCCGUGGCAAACUCCGAUAAGUGGAGUUUGUCUAGUAGUUUUAAAGGUUCUACGUUAUUAGACAAUUUUAAUUUAGAAUCUUCAAGUUCAAAUUAGUUGAUUACGGGUUUACCAACAACAAACAAUCAAUUGCAUCCUUGCUCGUCAAAAUAAAAUAUUUGCCGCAUUUGCUAAACAUGCAAAUAUAGAUUUGGACAUGAUGGAUAUUUAGAUGAAGAUGAUCCUUCUGUUGGUAAUGGAACUCGUGGAAGUAAUGCAAAUGAUGGUACAAAUGUCGAUGAGUAAUAUUAAUGACUUUGGAAUGUAUAACUUAAAUUAUGGAGUUUGAUAUUUUGUAGGCAAUUAGUUAUUAGAACUUUAGUUUUUUGGAUCUAGUGAUAAAAAUUUGGUAUUUUGUUGUUAUUUGGAGAUACUUAUAUGCUAUUGUUUACGAUGGAUCAAA